AUGAAUUUCUUGACAAUAUCCUGCCUCCUGGCCUUCUUUUCCACAGCCCAAAGUCAUGUCCCCCACAUCAGACACCCCCACUACGAGUCUUCUGAGCCACCAAACACCGUCCCCAAGCUCGCCCGCGACAGCAAGAACCCCGCAGACUUCUCGUGGGUGAAGCGCUGGGCCGCCAUCGGCGACAGCUACACCGCGGGCAUUGGCUCCGGUAGCCCUCUCGGAAGCGUAUAUGACUUUGAGAGGCUGAACCUCAACAUACAGCUACCCAAUCUCAAGUUCAGCGGACAUGGCAACUGGUUCUGCGCCAGAUACGACAUGGCGUAUCCCUUGAUCAUCAACCGUCAGCUUGGCGGCCAGGUACAGAGCUUCCAGUACACUGCCUGCAGUGGCGACCGGACAGGCCAGAUCUAUCAGCAGGCACAGCAGUUGAAGGGGAAUCUGGAUAUGGUCUUAAUGACGGCCGGUGGCAACGAUCUCUGUCUCAGUGAAGCUUGCGAGAAAGUCAUCACCGUGGCCGAGAAGAACGUAGGCGAGAUCAUCAAGGGCAAUGUCAAGGAGAUCCUCUACGAGCUCAACAAUAAGAUGGCCGACGGCGGCAUAGUCGUCGUCAACGGCUACGCUGAGUUCUUCAACGAGAAGGAGGCCAACUGCGAAAACCAAGCUUGGGAUGCCUUUUGGUGGUUGGACUUCUGGCCGCUUGACAGAGCCCAGAGGUUGACGAUCGACCGGCGGAAGCGUUUCAACAAGCUCGUCAGGUCCAUCAACAAUGCGACGGUCCAGGCGAUUAACGAGAUCGCGGACGACAGCAAGAUCAAGUACAAGAUCGGCUUCGCCGACUGGAACCCCUGGGUAUCCCAGGCCGUGAAUGGCCAAAUGUGUGACCCCAAGAGCAACGGGGACUAUCCAGACAAGAAACAGCCAGAUAUUCAGUUCAUCAAGCCCGACACGCACCCGUGGUUUAACUGGCGCGCCGAUGUCGAUAACCAAGAGCUGAAGCGUCGUGCGCUGGAGGACCCUCAGUUGCGCGAGGAACUCAUAGCUAAGCAAAAGAGACGAGAGAAGCGCGUGGAGGAGAGCAUCUGGAGUUCCUCCUUCUUUAACAGCCCCAACCCACCCGCUAUUGUCCGCCGCAUCCUGAGCCGUGCCGAACCCAAGGCCCCUGGAUGUCCUGGCGACGACGAUUGGGACUGGAAAAUGGGCAUGGGAUAUCCAAACACGAUCGGUGCCAACUUCCACCCUAACGAGAAAGGCCACAUCACUAUAGCCUCGUUCGCCAUGGCCGAGGCUGUCGACCUCCGAUCGCUGGUGCUAGGUGUGGAGACGCCUUCCUGCGAGAUCAAGGACCAGUUCAAGUGCUACUCGGCCGGUAAUUCCAAGGCCUACGCCCAAGCGGACCGCCUCGACACUCACUAUCAAGACUUUUGCAAGGACGCUAAGAAGGAACAGAAAAUAAAGGGCCGGCAAUAUGAAAAAGAGUACGACCAGGGCACGCCGGAUCACCACCAGUUUAGGAUCCAACUAGGCAAGGAUGUUGCUGACUUCAACGUCGAUGUGUGCAUCGACUCGAUGAGGAAGCUCAUCCACAGCUGCGACACCAACAGCAAGAUGAACUGGAAGCACGGCGGGCAGUACGUCCGCGGUGGCGGCGACUGGACUUACGAGGUCAACCCGAAGCGAAGCAACCGGCCUUGGCCGCCGCCUGACAAGCCUGUUGGGCGAUGCGAGGGCUGGUACAAGUGGUCUCACAGCGCAUACGAGAUCGAGGGCGGCGGUUUCUCCACCUGGGAUUGGGGGCAGCAGACGAUGCUUCCGAGCAUGGCCGGGUGCUAUGGGUGGGGGACUUCGUUCUGGGCGUUUGACUACUAUGAUGAGCCGACCAAGGAGGGUUACGAAUGGAAGGCUACAUUUCACACGCCAAUUUGGGUGAAUUCCAGAUGUUUUAGGAAUAACAAGGUUGUUAAGGCUGCCGGAGGAUGGACUGAUGGCUGUAAUGGCAAUGACUAG